AUGAGUGUACCAAACCACGACCGAUCCACUACAACAUUCGAACAGGAUGCAAUGACGCAACACAAUGAGUUGAUUGAAGCAGCCGAUAACUGGAGUGGGGUAUCUUCGAGUAAAGAGAGAAGAAGAAUACAAAAUCGCAUCAAUCAGCGCGCUCGUCGCAGAAGAAAACUUACAGAACUUUGCAGCGACUUGCGUGCUUCUGGAAACAACAAUGAAGAGGAUGGCGGUACCUCGAGUGCAAUCGAGGACGCAGGGGCAGGUUACAUACUUCUCCCUUGCGCCCGAAAAAGAGCGCAAAUGAUCAAAUUUGCGCGCGAAGCUCAGAUCAACUUUUCUUUGGGGACUCCUCAGCCUACACAGCUCGAAGCACUUGUCGGGCUGAACCUCCUAAAUGCUCUGGCGCGCAACGCUCGUAUUCUGGGUUUCAUACCUCAGUCUCUUUGUGAGGACCACUUCAUUUCGCCGUUUAACCUCGAGGGUCCUAGACUGCCGUGCGGCCCCCGGCAGGCAUCUUCGUGGCCACCUUAUUUGCGUCCGACAGAAGUCCAAUAUAAGAUAACUCAUCAUCCGUUUCUCGACCUGUUCCCUAUUCCUUCCCUCAGGGAAACUGCAAUUCGUGCAGAAGAUCUUGGGUUCUUUGACGAAGACGAGUUCUGCAACGAUAUAUUUGGGCACGACCAUGAGAACGACGAGGGUAACGGUGAACGGCCGCGCCUCAUUGUUUGGGGCGAGUCUUGGGAUCCGCGAGGAUGGGAAGCGAAUGCGGCAUUUAUCAAGAAAUGGGCCUGGCUGAUUCGUGGGUGCCCUGAACUUUUAGAAGGUACAAAUCGCUGGCGGCAAAAGAGAGGGGAGAAAAGGAUAACAUUAGGCCGUGGACAGAAAUAA